AUGGUAAAGGAACAGUUUAGGGAGACAGACGCUGCACGGCGAAUGUAAGUUUGCAAUCGGUUGAAUUUGAAACGAUUUAUUUUGCAAGAUAUAUUGCAGUGGUUGGCUAUGGUCAGCCUGGUUGUAGGUUUUCAGAAUUCAGAAUUGGUUAGCUAGCAAGCACGUGUCAUGCAAAUCGCGCUGUUAAUGAAGUAAUUAGGUAGUAAUGACAGGCUGAGAAUGUUUCCUUCUUUAAUUGGUAAUUAUUUUUUGUGUUAGUUAAUUAUUAUAUUGUUUCUUUUAUUUUUAUUAAAUUUACCUGGUGUUUCCACAAACAAAAACAAUUAUAUUUUAUCGCCAUGCAAACAUUCAAAGAACUUAUAUUGUUUCUAUUCUUGUCCCCCUGAUUAAAUGUGGUCAAAAUUGUGCGAACCGCCUGUCAUGCAAAAAAUGCCAUCUGUCUGUUAUAUCACAUAAUAGAGACCAUACUGAAAGCAGACUCGGCCGAAAAAGCGUAACCGCCGACACACCAUGAUUCAUCUUCAAAAUGCACUCGUCAUAGCCAGUGUGUUUACGAGAGGCAUUCACCACCCUGAAUGUCUGCCACUUUGAAUAUCUUCAGAGGGUGAUUGCCUUUCAUAAGCGCACUAGCUAGAAACAUGGCAACAGCAUUGCAAUGGUUAUGCCAAAGCUAAGCCUAGACUAUUUUAUCUUUACAACAAUUGUGAUAUUACUUUCUUAACUGUGUUUAUCCUAACCCACCCUGUCAACUUUCCCUGUGGGAGGAAACUGGAACACCCAGAGAAAACCCACAACUUUCGGCAGAGCGUUGACCGACUCUUUUCACACGAGUCCGUGGUGAGAAUCGAACCCACGAUCUCAGAGCCCUAGCAAAAAAAGUCUUUAGACCUGGCCUAUAGGCCAACCUAUAGGUUUCUAUAGGAAACCUAAAGGUUUUUAUAGGCAAUUGGAACAUUUUCUAUAGGUGACCUGUAGGGAUGCCUAUAAGUCUGUAGAGCUCUAUAGGUGCCUAUAGGCUUCUAUAGGGAAUUGGAACAAUUCCUAUAGGAACCUAUAGGCCACCUAUAGACUUUUUUCGUAAGGGAGGUGAAAGGCGCUUGCUGUGAUGACUAUGCCAUCAUUGAAGCCCCAUCCAAAAUAUGCACAAGAUUGUCUGAUUAGACGUGCACACUACAAUUUUGAUGGAUUAUCAUCUGUUUGCUGCAUUUCUAGAAGCCAUCUUGAGUUUGGCAUAUUCUCGCCAUCUCACAUGCAACAGAAUUCUCAGAUCCAGUGCGUCAGUAAGAAUCUGUAUACGCCAGAAAAUGCUAGAAAGCCCGCACUUUUUGGAGUACUUGAUCCGCAGCUGGUAAGUUGUAACUCUGUGUUCAACCACCAUCUUUUGUGAUGUUCUCCGCCACCUACCAGUAGUUACCAGAAUUUUUAUGUUGACUUGUAUCACCUACUAAAAAUAUUUCAACCCGCCCUCCCUUGCAAUAUUCUCCAACACAUCCCAACAAAUUAGAACCCCAUCUUGCUCUACCCCCUCCAGAAAAUCUCUAUUCCCAUCCCAACAAUUAUGCAUUUAACGCUGGGAAAAUGACAUAUUGUGAAAUACCUCGUCAUCAUUACUAGGGGAUCAGCAACAAGGAUCGCUUGUGCACAACAUGUGGUAAACAACUUGCUGACUGUGUUGGACAUUAUGGUUUUAUUGACCUUGAGUUGCCUGUGUUUCAUGUUGGCUAUUUUAAGGCAACAAUUUCCAUUCUUCAAUGUAUUUGUAAG